CCCAGUGGCUGGCUAGAACUGGUACCAGUCUACCUCAGACGGAAAGCGCUGGUGCGGGAGCAGUGUGGGCGAUGCUGAGGUGUGACGAGCUCCUGCCAGGUCUCAGCCUGCAGCUCCGGGGCUCCCCGGGGAUGGAAACGAGCUCGAUUGCAGCCCUGCGGCGCGCUCCCUCCGUCCCGUGCUAUUUUAUUUCUCGGGGUGGUGACAACAUUUGGCCACUUUCGCCUGUGGAGGGAGCUGUGCGGCACAGGACACGGGGCAGCGUCCCCCUCCCGCACUGAGACCGAGCGUCCCCCCCACGCCGUCACAGCCCGAAGGCAGGUGAGGCUCCCUAGGGACAAGGACAGGCUGUCCCCGUGGCGGGGACAUGGUGAGUGCCAGCGUGUGCUGGCCCUGUUCCCUCGUGCCACGAGCGCCCCGGUGUACCCAGGCAUGGUGUACCCUGCUCGGGUCCCCUGUGGGUUCCCGCCAGGUGCCCGGGUGGCCGGGGGCAGGCUGAUGCCAGGCCCCUGUUUCCUUCUUUUCCCCUGCUAGAUUUGAAAAACAGGUUGUUUUUCUGCGUGAGCAAGUGCUCGCGCUCCCAUUGCUGCCAGGAGAAGCCUCACUGAGUGCUGUUUCUUGGAAUAAAAUGACUUUAAAAUCUCUGCUCCGAAGUGAAGCGGGGGUAGAAGUGUUUGCAGCCUCCACGGGCUGCACCGGCUCUGCCAGAGGGGUCUCGUGUGUGGGCACGUGAGUGACCCUGGGAUGUCCCCACUGUGGUUGUCACCCCGCUCCUCCUGGCAUCCGUGAGCCACAUUAGCACGGUUUACUUUUCUGCAUUUGUUUUUUUAGAGGGAGAAGUGUCCCUGCUGAUCAGCAGUCGGUGCGUUUGCUGUUGGCUGGUGUCAUGCAGCAACUCCUUGCUUGGGUUUGAAAAUCUGGGAUUGAAAAUCAAGGAUUAUUCCUUCAUUUUGAGGUGUAAACAUCUCCCUGAAGAGCAGCGUGGAGCCCGGGCUGCAAAGCACUGAGGGUUUCAGCCUGAGUGUCUCUCAGGUGUCUGGGGAGGGGAGAUUUGCAGAAGGACAGCGUUACAUCCCACCCUGCCUGCACGACUCUCGCCUGUCCUUGCCGUCCUGGGGAUCUCUGUGUCUUGGUGAUGCCAUGGGGUUGUUGGGUACAGAUUGGCAACUCCUUGCUUGCGGGGAGGAAGGUGUGGGAGGGAAAAGUCAAUUGUAGCCGUGCCGGAGCUGUAUUACAAAGAACAAAUUCUUUUCCCGAGGGCUUUUGGAGCGUUGGUUGCUGUUUUUUUUCCCUCCCUUUCUCUCUUUCUGCAGUAGAACAACUCAUUUCCCCACCAAGGAGCCAGUCCCUUCCCUUCAAAUGCCUGAAGUGGGGAGAGGGGCUCAGCACCUCCUCCCAGCACUCCGUGGGUCCCAUGCUGCCAUCGCCUCCACCCUGGUUGUGUGGGGAGAGGUCUCUUGGUUGCUGUCGUGGGGGCAAGGGGCCUCCACAGCCUUCCUGCACACCCUGACUCUCACUGAUUCUCUCCUGCCCUUUUCUCCCCAGCUGACCUCCACGGGCCGUGCCGGACGCUUCUCCGAGCGCUUGUUCCUGCUGGAGCACGGUGAUCACCCCAGGGUGCUGGUCUCACCAUUUCCAGGUCCCCACGCUCCUCCGGUGACAGUGGCACACAAAUAUGAAAACCUGGGUCUGUGAUUCAGGGCAGAAACUGGAAAUUUUCAUCCCUUUUCUGGGCAAAUACCGGCCGCUCACGGGGCGCUGCUGCCAGACCUGCACGCCGAGGAGCUGGGAUGGUUUCUACCACGCGCAGCUCUCCUCCCUCGGCUUCCGCAGCGCCGCCCAGGUGACGGAGGAAGACACCAGGUACCGGGGCUGGCUGGUUCGACGCCUCUGCUGCUUCCUGGCUGUCUGGGACUGGAAGGUGCCCGCCGACACCCCCAGGGACCUCCCGGAGAGAGUCUGCCGCAGCCGCAGGGUACGGGACGUCGCUGCCGGCCAGGCCCGUGGCUCGGGGGGGGACAGCGAGUCCCACCGGCGGUGGAAGGAGAAAGCCCUGGAGAUCCUGGCUGGGAUCCAGGCCCCGCUCUCCCUCCCCGUGCUCAGGUUGUGCAGCUGGGUCCUGCUCCGGCUCCUGAGCCGCCUCUUCCUCAGCGUACAGCUCCACCGAGGGCAGCUGGAGAUGGUGCUGAGGGCCGCCACGACGCCCGACGUGCCGCUGGUUUUCCUCUCCACGCACAAAUCCCGGCUGGACGGGCUGCUCCUCUCCUUCCUCUUCUUCUCCCACGGCCUGGGGGUGCCCAGGGUGACGGUGGGCAGCUCGAACUGCAGCCCUCGCCUCCGGGCCUUGCUUCGCUGCCUGGGAGGGGUUUUCCUGCCUGUGGGGAUGGAGCAGACAUCGAGCGGCCGGGACGGAGGGCUCCCAGGUGCUGUGCUUGCCUCGUACGUCGAGGAGGUGCUGAGGAGCCGGCAGCCUCUGCUGAUCUUCCUGGAGGAGCCCUGCGCCCCGCGGCGCCUUUCGGCCGCUGCCCGCGAGUGGCUGGCCCCCGUGUACCGAGCCGUGCGGGACGGCGCCGUCCCCGAUGUCCUCCUGGUCCCCGUGGGCAUCGCCUACGACCUGGCCCCCGACUGCCUCGAGGGCAGCGGAGCGCACGGCGCUCGGCCCCUCAGCCUCAGCGCCUGCCUCUGGGCCGCGUGCCGAGCCCUGCGCCGACGCCUCGGCUGCGCCCGCGUGGACUUCGCCCAGCCCUUCUCCCUGCAGGAGUUUGUGGCCAAAACCCUCAGCAGACAGAGCAGCGCGGGGAAGCCGCCGGAGGAGCUGCUGCUGCCCACCAUCCUCGGCACGCACCAGCUGCACAGCGAGAGGGCAGAGCCUGAGGGUCCGGCGCCUGGAACGGCUCCCGGCUCGGAGGCAGAAGACAAAAUGAUGGUGACCAAGCUGGGCCUGCACGCCCUGAGCGACGGCGCCGCCUGCUCCGCCGUCACGGCCGUGGGCAUCACGUCCGCGCUGCUGCUGCACAAGCACCGCCAGGGCGUCCUGCUCUCCCGGCUCAUGUCGGACUUUGCGUGGCUCCUGGAGGAGACGCUGGUGCGCCAGCGCGACGUGGGCUUCUCGGGGCAGCUCCGCGCCCUGGUGCGGCACAGCCUGGCCCUGCUCAGAGCCCACGUCACCCUCUACCACCUCGCACCCCCUGGUGACGUCCUGGUGGUCCCCGAGGUCUCGGUGGAGGCGCGCCGGGAGCUGAGCCACCACAGCGCAGCCCUGCUGCCCGUCUUCGCCGGCGAGGCGGUGGGAGCUUGCGCCAUCCGCGCCCUGCUGCUGGAGAUGCUGCCCUUCCUGGGGGCGGCCGCCUGCCCCUCCAGCAUCACGCUGAGCCAGGACGAGCUGCUCCACAAGACCCUGGCGCUGCUCCAGCUGCUGCCCCCCAGCCUGCUGGGGCUCCAGCCCUGCCAGCCCCUCGAGCACCAGGGCCAGGACGUCUUGGACAAGCUCAUCCUGUGCGGGCUGCUGGAGGCUGAUGAGUCGGAGAACGAGCGCUGGCUGUGCGACCUGGCCCCGCGGCCCUUCAGCAAGUGGCAGCCCUGGGCCGAGGUGGAUUUCACCGACAGCGACAGUGACAGCGAGGACGUCUGCAAGCGCUGCUUCAAGCUCCGAGACCCCGAAGGCUCGCCUGGCCUCCUCCUCUUCCUCUGCCGCCUCCUGAGCCCCGUGCUGGAGACCUACGCGCGAGCGGCGGCUUUCCUGGAGCAGCCCAGCUGGCCCCAGCCUGAGGCAGCCUGCGCAGGCGCGCUGCAGCAGUUCCUCGCGGAGAAGGACGGUUUGGAGCGCCCCACCCGGAGCCUGGCGCUGAGCACGCUGCGGACCUUCAAGGAGAUGGGGGUGCUGGAGGAGGCGCCGAGCCCCGCGGGGCCCCUUCUGCACCUCGCCCAACCCUUCCGCUCCUCCGAGGGCCGGGGGAAGCUGCGAGCCUUCAUCCAGCAGUUCGUGCAGCCGUAGCCCCCCGGCUACGGGGCGCAGCAAUAAACCCAGCUGCGGGCGCAGAGGGAGCAGCACCCUCCUCCUCGUGCG